AUGUCCGUCCUUCUGAUACUUCAUUGGGAGAUGCUUGACAAAUCCAAGUUUUUCUUCCUUGGGGCUGCGCUGUUUUCGGCUGUUUCUGGCACUCUUUACCCGAUUGUCGUGUUGAAAACGCGGCAGCAAGUGAUGUUGAAGGCGAUCCCCUGUUUCAAAAUGGCGGCCUCCAUUUUGAGGAGCGAGGGAUACAGGGGCUUUUACUCUGGUUUUGGUACUUCUCUUAUGGGAACUAUUCCUGCACGUGCCCUGUAUAUGGGCGCGCUUGAAGUUACCAAGAGUAACGUGGGCAAUGCUGCUAGUCUUAAUCUAGAAUUGUCUGAGGGCUCUGCCUCGGCUGUAGCUAAUGCUGCCGCUGGACUGAGUGCUGCCAUGGCCGCACAAUUAGUUUGGACACCCAUUGACGUUGUGAGCCAGAGAUUAAUGGUUCAAGGAGGUGGUUGUGUUUCAGGUCCUUGUUCCAAUGGAUCGAAGAAGUACAAUGGUGGGAUUGAUGCGUUUAGGAAGAUUAUAUGCGCGGAUGGAUUGAGAGGAUUGUACAGGGGAUUUGGGAUAUCUAUACUGACUUAUGCACCUUCCAAUGCUGCUUGGUGGGCAACUUACUCUAUUGCCCAUAGAGUGAUUUGGGGUUGUAUUAGUUGUCAUUGCUGUAAGAAGGAUGAGAAUGGGAAUGAAGGGAGCGGUUACAGGCCGGAUGGGAAGGCAGUGGUUGCAGUACAGGGUCUGAGUGCUGCAAUGGCUAGUGGAGUAUCCGCAUUGGUGACGAUGCCACUCGAUACAAUUAAGACGAGGUUGCAGGUUUUGGAUGGGGAAGGAAGUUUGCGUGGUGGAUCACCAACAAUUUUACAAACUGUGAGAAACUUGGUCAAGGAAGGUGGAUUUGGUGCUUGUUACAGAGGGUUGGGACCGAGAUGGGCUUCAAUGUCUAUGUCUGCGACGACAAUGAUCACUACCUACGAGUUUCUCAAACGGCUUUCUACUAAGAAUCAAGAGAGAUUUGUUUAAUGAAUUUAGCUUGUUGAAGCUUUGAACAGAGGAGUAAAGGGGGAAGGCAUGUUUUUGUGUAUUUUGAACCCCUGUUUACAUAGGUCAUCUUUAGCUGGUUAUUCUGCGAGCCCGAUAUUAACCAAUGUAAAUACUUAAAAAUGCAGCAAACCAAGUUAACUCGUUUCGUGUCUCUAAUUAGAAUCCACUGCUAUGCGGACAGGAUAGAGUUCCGGGGAUCAGACAUCCAAUCAACAAAGAUUCAGCCUCGAGUUCAAAGUUCAGACCAUCAAUGUUCCACUAGAUUAUCCUUGUCCUUCUCAAACUGUUUUGUAGGCAAUGCUGCAAAAUUUGCAAAACAGUGCCUUGAUUCAAUUUGUGUUUUUCUGGAAUCAGAGGAUUCCUGUGGAUUCCCAUAUUUCCUUGGCUUAUCAUAUCAGCUAAAUUUAGAAAAACA